GUCAAUUAAAUCAAGUACAAACAAGAGACCUAUUACUUGAUUAGUAAAUUUUGCUCGGGUAUGUGAAUUGUAUAAAAAAAAAGGACAGAGUUUCUUUGCAGCCCUCCUUUUCUUUUUCUUGUUUGUUACUGUUACUUCUUUCUCUCUUCUUUUUUUUUUAUUAGAACAAAAAAAAGUGAAAGAAAGGCUUUAUAGCUUGUAUUAUUUAUCUGUCUAUUAUAUGUGUUCCAUAUACACAACGAUAUGUUCAAUGGUGCAUCUAAGAAAAGAAUGCCUCAAUUGUUUGCAACAGAUAUAAACAAACUGUUUAAAAAUAAGAUUCAUAUCAAAUCAUGGUGGCGUCAAUUCAAAGUGAAUAAAUCAGACAAAUCAUCCAACAGCUCCUCCUCUCAGACAACGCUUGAUUGGAGAUCACUUUCUCCUGAUCGACCGCCACUCCCAUUCUUCCUGUCCGAAAAUUCACCCAUCUCUUCAAACACUUCACUCCAUAAAUUGAUUGACGCUGCAAAUAGACAGCCCUUACCACAUACUCAUAAUAAUAAUAAUACCACCGCCUCUAAUUCUAAUGACAACACUAAUCAUAAGCAUUCAACAUUAAGUAAUACAACUUUAGACAUACCCAUAGACUACAGUAAUAAGAAAAAAAAUCUCAAGGUAAAAUAUGCUUACGAUACGCGUCUGUGUUUGUGCCACGUUUGUUGUAUACACAUGUACAUACAUUGAUCAUGUCAUACAUUAACGGAGCUGCAACUUCCGAAUUUAUCUGUUUAUUUUGAUUUUAUUUUCUUUCUUUAUUCUAAUCCUCCUUCU